AAUGAUUUGACUACAAUGAUCAAAUAUAUAAUCUGUUUUUGUUUUUUCAUCUGUGUAGACUAGUCUAGUAAAACACAUAAAAUAUUGCCUCAGGUAAUCAAUCUGAGAAAGGCUACAUGAGAGUAAACAAUGAUUAAAACGGUGCUUCAAUGUGCCUUGAGCCUAUUAUUAGGUGUUCAGAAAGCUUCUAUCAAAAACUCUAACUCCCAGACUCACUUGCUGUCCCCCGAGACAUGACGAACCAAUGAUGAUCCACUGAAGACGUCUUAUUUCGAGGUGUGCUGAAUUAGAGGCGCUUCUUGAAUAAGUUGUGCUGAAACAAAGUAAACGAUCUUCGGGAUUCAACGUAUUGUUUUGUAAUGAUAUUAGAUCCUGAAGGGGAGUGAGACACCAGUAAGAGACCAGUCAGGGAGGAGGGCAGAGGUGUGGAGGGGACACUGGACCAGCGAUGGAGAUUUCUGACUCGGCCAGUGACUGUGAGGAGAGGCCCAGUUCUAGCCCAAUGGAGACAGAGGAGAGGUCCUUCAUGGCAGGUUUGCACUGUUUCAUGAAGGACCGUGGCACACCCAUCGAGAGGUUACCACACCUGGGAUUUAAGCAGAUUAACCUGUGGAAAAUCUACAAAGCUGUCGAGAAGCUUAGCGGUUACAACUCUGUGACAUCGCGGCGGCUGUGGAAGAAUGUGUAUGAUGAGCUGGGCGGCAGCCCAGGCAGCACCAGCGCUGCUACCUGCACCCGCAGACACUAUGAGAGGCUUGUUUUACCCUUUGAGAGACAGUUGAGGGGGGAGGAGGACAAACCUCUGCCUCCAAGUAAACCGCGCAAACAGUAUAAGAGGAGUCCAGACGGCAAGGGGAGCAAGUCUGAGGGCAAGAGGAAGAGACCCCAUCUGGAAAAGGAGACAGACUCUGAGGGCCAGGUACAUUCUACUCCAUUGUCUCCAUGGACUACUCCAUCUGAAAGUCUCCACCCAGACCAUCCUCCACCAAUCAGUGAGACUACCGUGUGUGAUGACCUCUCUUCCUCAGCAUGCACCCUAUCCCACCCAGCCCAGGGCCCUACCUCAUGCCCCUGGAGAGGAAGUCAGCUCCAGUCUGCUGCUGCAGAUAUCAUCUCUCCUCUGGAGAAGAAGAAGCGUAUGGCCCAGGCCAGCCUGAGCGAGUCCCAGGACUCACAGAGCGCCAGUCAGGGGGACUGUAAGGGCAGGCCCUCUGUGAUCCACUGCUCCCAGUCCCCAGGGCUGUUCCUUCCCAGCCGGACACGCACUACCUCUGAGGGCUCUCCUCUCCCUGCGUCCUCCUCCUCCUCCCGUAGCCCGUCCCCCUACUCCAUCUCUUCUGAGGACUGUCCAGCACUAACUGAAGACAGGCCCCCAGUACCAAAACCAGAAGUACCCCUUCAUUUUUCCAGCAACCCUUUAUCUGCCCACAGUGGGGUCCACAAGCCUCAGACCUGCAGCCCUGAUGUCAAGGAAUAUGUUGGCUUCCCUGGAGGACAAAGAGAUUUCCCUCCGGUCAGCCCCCUACCAGUUGAAACUGUCUCUAUCAAAGGUCGAAUUAAAAACUCUGUAUGGAGCCCUGUCUGCAAUGGGAGUAACAGACAUCCAGCUCACCAAAUACCCCCACCAACGUCUUGUACAUAUACUGUUAGAUCUUGCUUGGUUCCAUCCACCUCCAGUUUCACCAAGGUUUAUCCCAAGUCUAUGGAGUCUUUGCGGCCUAUACCCUUUCAGCCAGGUUACACAUUCCAUCAGAACCCAAAUAGGCCCAUGUUGCAUGAUGACCGUCUGAUCUAUAAAAAGAAACUACAGAUGGUCCCUCGACAUUAUCAGACGGAGAAGAAGCAGAAGUCCAGGACAAUGUUGCCCAAGCCACUUCCAACUCAACAGCCUGUGUUCCACCCUAAUGCCAGCAUCCCAGUGUCCUACCUCAUCCCAGCCUAUGACAGGACAAGGGGAGACUCUGGGCAGAAGCCACCUGUACACCCUCUCUUUAUACCUACCCACGUCAGACUGUCCCAGUCCCAGACCAGCCCUAUGUACCGCCAUGUCCCAACGGGACACACACAUACUUCCUCUUAUGAGCCCGCUCUCUACUCCUAUCCCUUUCACAUUCCUAUAUGUAAUCCCCAUACUGGAUACAGCAUCACUGGUGUGCAUUAUCCUCACACCAGGCUUUGAUAGCCCCACUCUCAGACUCAAGGCCUAUUGACAAUGUGACAAGUCAAACAGAGAUAAUGACAGUACUGCUUCGUUCUAGACAUUUUCAAAACUUGCCUCGAACACUGCUGCAUUCUAUGUGAGUGAUCAACAGGGAAACAUUGUUGUGAUUGUUAUGCUGAGAUGUGCUCCCCUCCAUGGCAACUGACAGAAUUGCAGUGAUAAAAAGGACUAUACUAUCUGUAUUUGUAACAAUAACUUUGAGGUUUACUGCAAUGCACAUGUGCUUUUACGGUAUAAUACAAUCAUUUUACAUUGAUAUAAUAUAUGAAACAACACAGAUUUAUUUGACUAUUUCUGAAUAAAAUCUAAAACUAU